AUGGCGUCCAGAACGCCUCCAAAUCUGCACAUGGGUGCUCCCCAGGGAAAGCCGGCCACAUCUUCUCGAAUUACUCGCGACAAUAAAAAGAUCACAUACAGAAUGUUUGUCAUGCAACAACCAGAGCGUGCCAGAGCUUGCGGCGCCGGAGCUAAGUCAUCCGCCGACCGUCGCCCUGUCGACCCGCCGCCCGUCGUCGAAUUACGCAUUUAUGAAUCCGAGCCAGGUAGCGAUAAGAUGACCGACAUUACUUUCGCGUACAAUGCGAACUUCUUUCUUUAUGCUACGUUGGAAACCGCCCGUCCCACCGCGCAAGGCCGCAUGCCCGGCCCUCCAUCGCCCCCUGUAUUAACUGGUGUCCCUGUGGCUGGCAUCGCAUAUCUGGAUCGUCCCUCGCAGGCAGGAUAUUUUAUUUUCCCCGACCUUUCGGUUCGUCACGAGGGUCGCUACGUGUUAAACUUCCAUCUAUACGAGGAGAUGAAGGAUCCCAAAGAUGCUGAUAAGGAUUCGAGCUCACCUGGCCCCAGCGCGUUGGUGUGCGGCACCUCGGAGAAGCCUGGAUCACCGCAAGCCUUUCUGAAUUUCCGCCUGGAAAUCAAGUCCAAGGCAUUCAACGUAUAUAGUGCCAAGAAGUUCCCUGGCUUGAGUACCAGUACUUCUCUGAGCCGUGUUAUCGCCGAACAAGGAUGCCGCGUUCGUAUUCGUCGUGAUGUCCGCAUGAGACGUCGGGGCGAAAAGCAGGAUAACGAGUACGGGUAUGAUGAAGGAACGACAUCGGUAUACACUCGGUCGGAUCAGUACAUUUCGCCUGAUCCCCACUUCGGUGCCCCUUCAAUAAUGGAUCGUGCCCGGUCAAAUAGCAACGGCAGCGCCACUGACUCUGCCUAUCCUUACGCCCCCGACCGACGGCCAUCUGUGCCGGCUUUCCCUAACCAGCGGGCCGGAAUGUCAUAUCUCGAAUUCAACGCAGCGCCAGGCGGUUACCCACCUGCUCACCAGAUGCCUCCUACUCCUCCCAGCCACCACCCGAUGUAUUCGCCCCAGCCAAAUUACAUGCGGUACGGCAGUGUGUCCGAGUACGAUGCUUUCCCCCAGGUGCAUCAAUACCAGCACCCUUACAGCAAGCCUCCGAUGCAUCCUUAUCAGAUGGAACCUCACAAGCAAGUGCCGUACAUCAUGAACAGCCAAAGCCCAUAUAUGAUGCCUCAUGUGAUGGCACCAGACCACACCGCUGGCAUGGUGCCCAUGCCGAACUCAAAGAUCAUCCCGCCGGAGUUUGCGAAUGUGCAUGAAUCCAUUGAGGUCACCCCCACCCCUACUCCUGGAAAUGGAUAUGACCAAAUCUCUGGCUCACGACGAAUCUACUCUUCCGAGUCCAAUGGGACCAAGCGUACAUAUGACGAGUCCUUCGGCUCCGACGAUCGCUCAUUGCAGAAUGGCAUGCGACCAGACACGGAUCCUUACCCCGCCUAUCGUGACUUCUCAGCCGAAAGCCGGGCUGCUCUGGCUGAACUUGGCAUGGGAAUGGCGUACAAGCGUGCCAACGGGAAGAUGGUUACAAAGGCGCCCUCUGGCAUAUAA